AUGGAAAUACAACAUAAGAGAAGCAUGAGGCAACACUGUGCCCUCAAACAUGGAAUACUCAAGGAAUUCCUGGCAGAAUUCCUGGGGACAUUUGUUUUGGUUCUGUUUGGCUGCGGCUCCGUCGCUCAGACCGUCCUCAGCCGAAACAGCCUGGGUGAGCCUCUCACCGUCCACAUCGGCUUCUCCGUGGGACUGAUGAUGGCGGCAUACGUGGCCGGUGGGGUUUCAGGGGGCCAUGUGAACCCUGCUGUGUCUCUGGCCAUGGUGAUUCUGGGCAAACUGAAGAUUUGGAAGUUUCCCUUCUAUGUCAUGGCUCAGUUUCUUGGUGCUUUUGCUGGAGCUGCUGCAGUCUUUGGAUUAUACUAUGAUGCUUUCAUGGACUUCACCAGUGGGAUUCUGUCAGUGACGGGGAUCAAUGCAACAGGUCACAUUUUUGCUUCCUACCCUGCGAGACACCUAUCAAUCCUCGGCGGCUUCAUCGAUCAGGUGGUGGGGACCGGUAUGCUGGUCCUGUGUAUCUUGGCCAUUAUUGAUGGUGAAAACAUCGGAGCUCCCAAAGGCGUGCAGCCGCUGGCCAUCGGCCUGAUCAUCAUGGCCAUCGGUGUGUCCAUGGGACUGAACUGUGGCUACCCCCUGAACCCGGCCAGAGACCUGGGACCCCGGCUGUUCACAGCUGCAGCGGGAUGGGGGAUGGAGGUCUUCAGCACUGGAGACAACUGGUGGUGGAUCCCUGUGGCGGGGCCCAUGGUGGGGGGCGUGGUGGCAGCCGUCAUCUACUACCUGCUCAUCGAGAUGCACCACCACCGCGAUGCGCCCGAGAAGCCCCACGUGGAGGAGGAGGAGGAGGAGGAGGAGGAAGACGAGGACGACGAGGACAGCAGUCUGAAGGACAAAUAUGAGAUGAUCACGAUGAGCUAAGAUGCAAAAAAAAGACGGUAACCUUCUUCCAUCGGUAAAGACAGGCCUCCUCUGUCAGUGUCCACACCAGUGUUGCAAUUUAACAUGUUAUGUUUCAUAAACACAUGAAAAUCUCAGUCCUGUUUGCUUAACAUUGUUAUUAAUGUUCAUAUGUAUGUUGUAAAUACUGUAUUAUAGAUAUUAGACCCUUUAUUUGGCUAUAUUUAACAGUUGGUACUGGACUAAUAGUUUUACAAUACUGCCAGUCUCCUUUUAUGUUUGCUCCC